CAAACAUCAAAUUCCCGCUGGAGUCCAUUACUCUUACACCGCAUUUGGAUCUGUGAAAUCUGGCUAUAAGAACCUGGCCCGCCUUCAGUCCCCCAAUAUGUGGAGUGGGAGGCAACAGCACCACAACUUCCUUCCCUAAAUCGCACUUUUGUCAUCCGCCAUCAUGGGGCAAGGCUUCUCCCUCACGACCCUUUCAGCUGGCUCGGCCAAUAUCGACGUACCCGAGUUAGCUGAUCUCCAAUAUGAACGCGCCCUUGGAACCGCGCGGUUCAUGAAGACCAUUAGAGCACGACAUAAAGAUGGCCUUGUCGUUGCUAAAGUGGUUAUGAAGCCAUAUGCCGACUUCACUCUCGACCAGUAUGCUACACAGCUGAUAAAUGAGCGGAAGUUGCUCGCCACUGUUCCUAAUGCUCUGGCAUACCAUCGCAUUCUUGAGACGAGUACGAGCGGAUAUCUCGUUCGACAGUACAUUCACAGCUCUUUGUAUGACCGACUAAGCACUCGUCCGUUCCUAGAAGACAUUGAGAAGAAGUGGCUUUCGUUCCAACUUCUAUGUGCAGUCCGAGACUGUCAUGCCCGAGGCAUCUACCAUGGUGAUAUCAAAACCGAAAAUGUUCUCGUUACUUCAUGGAACUGGCUAUAUCUAACAGAUUUUUCCGCUGCCUUUAAGCCCGCGUAUCUACCGGAGGACAACCCUGCGGACUUUUCCUUUUAUUUCGAUAUGUCCGGCCGUCGCACAGGCUACCUUGCCCCGGAAAGAUUUCUACCUCCCGGAGUCCAAGCUGAAGGAGAGCAGGUGGUUACCUGGGCCAUGGAUAUUUUCAGCGCUGGAUGCGUUAUCGCGGAACUUUUCCUAGAAGCACCCAUCUUCUCCCUCAGCCAGUUAUUCAAAUACCGGCAGAAUGAUUACGACCCUGCCCACUCCCAUUUGAGUAAGAUCCAGGACGAAAGCAUCCGGGAGCUUGUCACCCACAUGAUACAACUCGAUCCAAACUCGAGGUUAUCUGCCGAUGACUACCUAAAGUACUGGCAAGGGAAAGCCUUUCCAAACUACUUUUAUGGGUUUCUUCAACAAUACAUGCACUCCAUCACGGACCCUUCAUCGGGUCGAAAACCCGUAACGACAGUAUCUGAGCACCUGGGGGAGCCUGAUGAUCGGAUAGAGCAAAUCUAUAACGAUUACGACAAAAUCUCCAUCCUUCUUUCCGGUAACGAGGGAUACGAGCCUAUCAAAUCGCAGCAUUUGCCUCCGAAACCCAACACCAAGCUCUUUCCGCUCUACAUAGACAUCCCGAAUUACCAGCACCAAGCAUCCCCAACUCGAAGCUUAGCUGUCGAUGACGGUAAUCUCAUCUUUCUUACGAUUGUCGUCUCUUGCCUUCGAGGAACAGCCAGAGCGUCUGCUCGAUUACGGGGCUUUGAACUGCUUUUAGCAUUUUCGGAGAGACUUACGGAUGAGGCUAAGUUAGACCGGGUAGUUCCCUACGUGAUCAAUCAUUUGGCAGACAAAUCGGAACAAGUCAAGAUUGCUGCUCUACGAACGGUGACCCAGAUUCUUGCCAUGGUUCAGGUUGUUUCACCCAUCAAUGCGUACAUUUUCCCUGAAUAUGUACUGCAGCGACUCGAUGCUUGCCUCCCAGAUUCAUCUACGCACCCGAGUGCUCUCGUUCGCAUGCACUAUGCCUGGUGCAUCGGUACUUUGGCUACAACGGCAGCUAGGUAUCUAGACAUGAUUCAAGCCCUCCGCGCCGACGGCUCUCUACCGACCACCGACCCAGAAGCGGAAGACGAUUCCCUGACUUCAUCUGCUCAUCGCAAUCUAUUCGAUUCAGAUCGACAAAAUCUUCUAAUUGCUUUCGAGAGACACACGAAAAUUCUGCUCACGGACCAAGAGACUUCUGUGCGGCGUGCUAUGCUUAAGUCUGUUUCUGACCUUUGCGUAUUCUUCGGUAGUCCUAGGGCAAACGAUGUUGUCCUAAGUCAUCUAAACACAUACCUGAACGAUCGGGAUUGGAUGCUUAAAUGUGCAUUCUUUGACGCUAUUGUAGGUGUUGCGGUCUUCGUCGGCGGUGCGAGCUUAGAAGGGUAUAUCCUCCCUUUGAUGGUUCAAGCAUUAACAGACCCAGAGGAAUUCGUGGUUGAGAAGGUCAUUAGAGCCUUUUCCUCCAUUGCGGAGCUUGGGCUUUUCCAGCGAUCGAAAACUUGGGAGCUGGUCGAUAUUGUCGCACGACUAACCAUGCACUCUAACGUCUGGAUUCGAGAAGCCGCUGCCCAGUUUAUCUCUGCCGCUUCAAAAUAUCUAUCUGUGGCUGACACACACAGCAUUUUGGUGAACCUCAUCAAGCCAUAUCUGAAAGUGGUUCCAUCUGGGUUUUCCGAACUACGGCUACUGGACUCUCUGAAGAAACCAUUGCCUAGGCUGAUAUUAGACAUGGCAUCCAAUUGGGCGAUGCAUGCCGAAAGGGGAUUGUUCUGGAUUCCAGCCAAAAAACAACAAACCUUCACUUUCGGACUCACUGAGGAUACCGUUCCAACCGUAUCAGGACGGGAAUUGGACCUAAAGAUACUCCAGCGAAUGCAAAGAAAUGAAGAAGACGACCAAUGGAUCAUGAAAUUACGCAAUGCUGGGAUGACACUGGAUGAUGAAUUCAAGCUCGUCGCACUACGCGAGUUUAUUUGGAGGGUUAUUCACCGGCGCAGAACCGACAGUACAAACUCCACUCCUUCGAGGUUUAAUAAUAUUGUGGCCUUGAAAGAUCUUGAAAUCAUUCCUCAAACUGUGUUCUUUGAGAACAGCGCACGGCAGAUAGUGGAGCAAGCACAUCAGUCGAGAUCUCGAGAAGAAGACUACACUCAACCCCGAACAAUUGCGGAUGCUUUACUUGACGCAUCUACCACCGAUGCCGACACAAGGGCGGUGGCUCAAGGAACAACUCGUGCUGAUACUCACGCCGAGAGGUUGAUUCGCGAAGAAUCAGGGUUACAACGAAUUUCCGUACCUACCUCCCCAAUGCUCUCAUCGCCUCCCGGUGAACCAGCAUCGGCUCAAGAUUCUCCAACUUCCGACCUAGACCGUCGACGAAGUUCACUUCAGGUACCAAGAAGUUCGUCGAGAAAUCAGUCUCUGGCCGGGUCCCCAGGCACUGGCGAUCAUGUUCAUCCACUUCGUCACAAAGGCAGUGCAAUAACCCUUCUCAAUAGAGGAGACAACAAAGCAUUAGCGGAAAUCGGCACAACUUCCGCAAAUGCUUUUGGUAAAGUUGACGGUGCGCCUGCACACGAUGCUUCUCGAUCUCGUCAGCCUUCACUGGCAGUAGAACAACGACGACGCAGUCCGUCUCGAAUACGGUUUAAAGAGGCGCAUAAUUACGCGGGUAACGACCCUACGGUUCUAAAGUUGCUGGAUUCCAUUCUACUCGAGAAGCUGCCUCCAGAUGAUAUGGAAUUUGGACCGCGGAUACAGCAAACCAUCCGGCGACAGCCAAUCAAACAUAAAGAUACUCAUCAGUCACCAACGGGUAUCCCUUGGCGACCAGAAGGCAUUUUGGUUGCGACCUUUGGUGAACACACGGCCGCGGUUAAUCGCAUACUAGUGGCGCCAGACCACGCGUUCUUCAUCACUGGAUCCGACGACGGAAGUGUGAAAGUCUGGGAUACAUCACGCCUUGAACGAAAUGUAAGUCGACGCUCGCGACAAACGUACAGGCUAGGAGAUGGAGUCAAGGUCUCAAGUCUCGUAUUCGUGGAGCAAACGUAUUGUUUUGUCGCGACGGGCAAUGACGGGAGUGUCCAUGUUGUUCGUGUUGACUAUUAUCAAGGCCAGGACGGCAGUGGUAAAUUCGGGCGACUGAAGUUUCUGCGUGAGUAUCAACUGCCCGAUGGUGAUUUCGCGGUGUGGGCGGAACAUUAUAAGGACGACAACAAGUCAGUCCUUCUGCUAGCGACCAAUACCUCCAAGGUUACGGCACUCGAUUUGAGAACUAUGGCUGAGCUCUUCACGCUUAAAAAUCCCCUGCAACACGGCACACCGACGUGUUUUUGUGUCGACAGGAAGCACCAUUGGUUGUUGCUUGGGACCUCACAUGGUGUCUUAGAUUUGUGGGAUCUUCGAUUUAAGCUCCGAUUACGAGCUUGGACUUUCCAGGGCGCUGCACCGAUUCACAGACUUCUUCUACCCAAGUUGAAGAAACAGCGGUUAUACAUUACAGGCGGGACAGGUCAGGGCGAAGUAACUGUGUGGGACUUCGAAAAACUAGUCUGUAAAGAGGUUUAUCGAACUGGGACUAGCAGAGACACUGGUUCAAAGAGCACCACACUUAUCGACCUCGAGGAAGAAAAAUCCGGCGGCAUGCUUGGCCGUUUUGCCACCUCACUCGAGCCCACUGCCAGCGCAAGCGCCGACUCCGGCAUCCGCUCUCUGGUCGUGAAUUCCCAGACCAUGGACGACAAAGGCGAAGCCAAACACACCUUCAUCCUCACCGCAGGCCCGGACUGGAAAGUCCGGUACUGGGAUACCAAUCGUCCCGAAGUCUCACUCGUUGUCUCAGGCCUGGAAGCCGAUGAAGCGAAACCCCUAUACAGCACUUCGCAGCCCACGCCCGACACCACCGUCGUCAGCGAGCGAUUUUCUCAGCUGCAGAGCCACCAGGGGGGCGUCGGGAGGGAUGGAAGAACAUCGAAUACAUCGGCAAAGAGAGGAAGUCCGAAGAGUUCGCGAUCGGGAUUGAUUUCCUUGCAGCAGCAGCAUUUGCUCAAGAGUCAUUUGGAUACGGUUCUGGAUGUUUCGUUGAUUGAGCAGCCGUAUGGCAUGGUGAUAUCGGCGGAUCGGAGUGGGGUUGUUUAUAUGUUUAUGUAGGUGCUGGUUGUGGGGAAUGGAUUAGGACAUUUGAGUUAAGGAUAGGGAAAGGGAAC